AUGUCAUCACACUAUAAUACGGAGCCACCACCAACUGCCUCCGCCACCCUCAUCACCACUGCUGGUCCGCUCCACAUCUCCCUCUUCGCGAAACAAACGCCUCUCGCAUGCAAAAAUUUCCUUCAGCAUUGCUUAGACGGGUACUACAAUGGGACAGUCUUUCACCGCGUCAUCCCGGACUUCAUAAUCCAGGGCGGCGACCCAACGGGGACAGGCUCGGGAGGCUCAUCGAUCUACGAAGAUCCAGAGUUCGAAGUCGACUCGCGCGAUGGGGAAAAGGUUUUGUUCAGAGAUGAAAUACACAGCAGACUACGAUUCAACCGCCGUGGGUUGGUCGGGAUGGCAAAAGCAGAAGAUGGGACGUAUGGAAGCCAGUUUUUUGUUACCCUCGGAAGUAACGCGGACAGGCAGUUAACCGGGACGUGUACGAUGUUUGGACGCAUUGAAGGGGAUAGUAUCUAUAACGUAGUAAGGAUUGCAGAGGGGGAUCUGGUGGAAGGAACUGAGCGGCCCGUGUAUGCCGUAAAGGUUACGGGGUGUGAAGUGGGCGAUUUGGGUCCCUUCAAGGAUGUUUUAAGGAAGCGCAAAAAAGUCGCUGUUGCCGCGCCGCAGAAGCAAGAGGGAGUAAAGCGCGACGUUCCUAAUAAGAGGAAAAAGGGCAAAGGCGCAAAAGUAUUAUUGAGUUUUGCGGACGAUGAAGAAGAGGGUAUGAUGCAUGCAACACAGAAAAUGAAGAAGCCUAAGUUCAAUACCAACCUCGUCACAUCAGGAGAAGGAGCGGUGCCGGAACAAAACGAGAGCAUUCAGGAACAUAAAAGCCAACUUAAAGUUGCAAGGGCUUCCCCUACACACAAAAACCAAGCUGAUCUCGACGUCCAACAAGUCCACCCAAAGAGGCGCAGGUCUGCCUCCCCUUCAAAAUCACCGCCCGUAAGCCGGAUACCACCACGAGACCCUAACACCCAACUCCCUUUUCCGGACCCGGAAGCCCCGUCUGGCUCUCAAUCUUCCUCCCCCGACCCUCCCGCAAAGCAAUUAGCUUUAUCACGAACCACCGCCGAAAUAGAUGCGCUCAAAGCAUCCAUGCGUCGCAACGUCACCAAAACCACAGAACCUACACGUGACUACGAACAUGGAAGUUCCAGACAACUCAAAGGCAAGAAACUCCAAUCUGCCAAUGCGGCAAAGGAUAAAAAAGGGAGUGGAGAUGGAGAAGAAGAAGAAGAAGAAGCAGAAGCACAAGUCUGUGACCUCCAUUUCAUCGCAAACUGCCCAUCAUGCCGCACGUGGGACACGACUGCCAUCGCCGCGCAGGACGACACCGCCCAAAACCACGGCCGAGAGGAUGACGAUAACCCAAUUGACUGGAUGACGCACCGACUGACCUUCGGCAAGGACAUGCUGGGCAAGGAUCUGAAUUGGAAGCGCACACAUGAGGACGUGGAUGGGCUUGUGGUGAUUGAUCCUCGCGAGAAGGAGAAGGAGGUUGUUGGAGGCGGUGGUGCUGGGAGGCGGCGAGAGCGAGAGCGGCAGCGCAAGUUGGGGUCGGGACAUCGAAGGGAGUGGGAUGGGAACGGGUGGUAA